AUGCGCAGUCUCCGCCAUCGCACACUUUCCAGUACAAUCGCUUUGCCACUGGUCCUUCUCGUCUGCUUUGUGUUCUACACCCUCAAAACUCCUACCAAAGAGUCUUCCCCUUUCCUCUUCAGACUUCAACCCGGCCAUCACCUACCCAUAUCUCCGUUGCAUUCCGCUGCCGCACCUAAAGCGCGACAAAUCUCCCCUGCGGAACUAAUGGCACGGCCUCCUCCGCACUCAGGACCACACAUGCCCAAGCUUCUUCACCAGAGCUGGUCCACUACCAUCCUCCCAUCAAAGUUCGAGCAGUGGAGCCUCUCAUGCAGAGAUAUGAAUCCGGACUUUGAAUGGGUGCUGUGGACAGACGAAGAUAACCGCCGUUUGGUGGAGAAAUACGCCCCGGAGUUCCUGGUCAAGUACGAUGGGUUGAAGAGCGAGAUCUACCGCGCAGAUGCGGUAAGGAAUUUGUACAUGUUUGUUUUUGGCGGGGUGUAUGCUGAUCUGGAUACUGAAUGUUUGCGUCCUUAUGAGGCCCUUUUUGCGCAGCACAACAUCUCCUCCAGCUCGCAAUCAGGUUUCACCAGCAUUCAGAAUCCUACACACACUCCUACUUCCGACGCCGCGCCCACCUCUACAUUUCCCACUACCUCAUACAAUGCAGGCCCACAGACGGCCUUCCUCGCCCGCAUGGGCGCUGAUAAUUCGAAAAAACACAGCAUCCCGAACGCUUGGUUGGCUUCGACGCCGUCCCAUCCCUUCUGGCUCCUGCCUCUGGACCUAGUCUCGAAGGGGACCAAACCCUACGGCGAUUGGCCCGAAGCAGUGACCGGACCGGACGCGCUGUUCUACUUGGUCAAUGAGUAUUUAAGGGAGUAUCGCAGUGAUAAUGAUCAUGGAGCGAGCUUGGAUGAGGUUUUGUUGAAGAGUGAGUUGAAGGAGAUGUAUGUUCGAUCUUUAGGCGAGAAGAAUAUCAGAGCCAGUGCUGAAGUCGGGAUGCAUCAGUUGGUGCUGUUGGGGAAGGAGAUGAUCUUUCCGUAUUGGUGGGGCGAGAAAGAGUUGGAGGGCGUUUGUAAGGCUGGUGAGGAGGGGUUUGAUCCAGAGACUUGUAAGGAUGUUCUGGAUGUGCAGGCCUUGGGCAGUUGGUCUAUAACAUAUUGGAGUCAUUCGUGGGAUCAGGAGGGUGGGCACGACGAGGGACACCUUAGCGCGAUGGGAAGUUGGAGCUUUCGGGGAGGAAGAAUGUCAAGGAGGGCGACAAAUAGAAAGAGGGGGCGAUGA